GCCUCAAGCGCGUGAUGGUCCGCUCAGAGGCGCUACUUGUUGGUAUGCUGAUGAACAGCCGGUCUGAUGCUGCAGCAGCAGCGGCCGAUCGUGCCCUAGCGCGAAGGAUGUUCAGCACAUUUGCAACGAAUGUGCUCGCUCGUUUGGACUCG